CGUCUACAGAGUAGCUGCGAGUGCUCGUGUUGGCGCAUGUGGACGCCAAUCGAGCUUGUGCGAGGGAGAGAGUGAACGAGAAAGAGGGAGGGAGAGAGAGAGAGAGAGAACGAAGGGACCGAAGCCACCAGGAAUAUCGGGAUUUAAGAGUGAGUAAAUUACCACAGCGCUCUAUUGCGGGUUACGUUAUGCAACGCACUCCUUCCAACCGCAGCGGUGGAUCACUGUGCGCGCGGGAGACCAGAAACAGAAACCGUAGCACAAGCUGAUUACAGGGGCAACGGGGAGCACACAGUACUGCAACCGCCUGGAAGUCACACACAGACUCGGCAAUGACAACACUGCGCGUUCCCAUGGCACAAACGGAGACUAAAUACAGAGAAGACCUGAACCCACCUGUCAAUUGUUUUCCAGAGGAAGUUUAAAAACAGAGAAUUGUUAGAGAAUUUGGGACUGAAGAAGUUUGAAGAAGAAGGGAGCAACUUGAGAAAGGACCUUGGGAAACUUCCAGGUGGAAAUGAAGGAGUGACCACUGGUUAUCCCUCUCCCUCUUCGCCUCUUCUUCCCCCUCCAUGGGACGUGAGACCAGGAGGAUUGGGGGGCUGUCCCUGCUGGGACCCCUGCUGCUGGUGCUGCUCACCUGGGCAGCGACCCUCCAUUCGGCUCAGGGCCAGGAGGGGUCUGCCGACGGCCCGACUUACCUGAGCCCGACACACCUGAGCCCAAUGGACCUCAGUGUGGCGCCGGAGCAGCUGAGCACAGCGGAGCAAGAGCUGAGGGCCAUCGCAGACCCCACGGUGGAGGACCUGGGGAACAGCACGCAGAUGACCACCAGCAACUACACAGGCCUGAACUGUGUGUCCCUCCUGCCGCCCCGUAGGGGCUCCUUCUAUGUGGAGCAGGGCACUGGGGUGUCGGUGGGUACCGUGCUGGCCUUCUGGUGCCGCGAGGGCUUCCAGCUGGUGGGCAGCGAGCGGCUCUCCUGUAUCCUGCGCUCUGGCGCCCCCAAGUGGAGCAACUACCAGCCUGUCUGUGAGGCCAUCCCUAAGCCAGAGGACCGUGGUCUGAGAGUGGCGGUGCUGGCCUCUGUGGUGAGCGGCAUCGUGAUCCUGGCCAUGUCCGUGUCCUUCAUCAUCUGCUGCCUGCAGGAAGCACCAACAAGGGGCGGGGGCUGGACCUGCGAAAGCAGCAGCAGGAGGAGAGAUAAGCUUCGCCACUCAUCCCGGCGGAGUGACUGCUGGUUAGAGAGGGAUGACAGCGACUGCGAGGCAUUUCCCCCUCCCAAAAUCUUCCACCUGACCCCCCGCUACGAGCCACACUACCCCCCCAACAGCCCCCUCUACGUGGGGGGAAUUGCCGGCUACGACAACCGCGGCUACCUAAGGAGUCAGGAGAACCUUCUGAAAGCACCCCUGCCAGGUCUCUACCGCACCGAGAGCCAAAUAUACCCCCAUAUGGUGCUCCAGAGGGUACCCACCCCCACCGCCCCCACCCCUUCUGCUCCAACUGCCCCCCUCUACCUCCACCUCCAGCCCCAGCCCACCGACAGCUCUGCUGCCCCCACACAAGUCCUGUCCCCCUACCACAAACCCUCCUACCACAGCCCCAACGGCACCCCCCAGAGGCUGUGGCAGUAACUACACACAGAGGGGCAUUUAGGACUCUCCGAGGACGCUGGGCGCACUACAGUAGGACGUCAUUGGAAGUACUUUAUCAUUAGGAGGACCACUGGACAUUGCAGGACAUUGCGUGGCCACUGGACACUGAAGAGGGAGUGUGUCAUGUUUAGUUCUUUGAGCUCUCGUUGAGGGAUAUAUUUAGGGGUAUUUUUUAUAGCGAGUGUUUAGGGGUGUCGUGGUGACAUGAUUACUUCCCAAGUUUCUCCUCCAGUUCAAGUGAUAUGAUUUUUCCAGAUUUCCCAGAUUUUUCCUAUAUGGACGAGUUGGACAUGCAGUACGUAGCUGUAUAUUGACAGUUUUAAAACAACACUAAAUGCUGAGAUUUAUGAUUGUAGGGAAUUUUGUUCCCUUUUUUUAAAGUAAGCAGGUCACACACAUUUUUUGGGAUGACACACAUUUUGUAGGACGUUUCCAGGUAGUGUUUGGAUAACUCCCGUAAGACGUCAACCGCCAGGAAGAGCUUUGAAUGUGAGGUGUCAGCCAGGGACGAACCUGAUCCAAACCACAUGGAGCCACCACCUGACACUCCUCCUGUGGUUUGAUCAUAACUCACACCAUCUCUUCUCACCUGUCAGAUCACGGAGACAACACGGAGACAACGGAGUCUGUCCAUGCAGCGUCAUGGCAACAGGAUUUGUUCAGUGUUGUUUGUUUGUUUUUUUUUUUUUUGUUCAUUACAUUUCCUAACAUUUCUGAAAUUGUGCUUUUAUUUUGUCAUUAUGGAUUAUUGAGCGUAGAUUGAUAUUUGGUAUUAAGCUACUUUUCUUAUGUUGCAAAUCAUAAGAAAAUAUGUUGCAGCAUUAGAAAACGGUGACUAUAGUGAGAGGUCAGAAUUCUUUUUGAGUGCACUGUACUGCAUAAGGAACUCUCUUUGCUUAUCACAAUACCAUGCUUUGAAAUUAAAUUACAAUUGCUCCCCAACUUCGUGUCAGGAUGCGCGCGCGCGCGUGUGUGUGUGUGUGUGUGUGAAAGAGAGAGAGAGUGUGUACACCCUGUGUGGGUUUUCUCUUCCUAGGGGGAUAAAUGGGCGAGUCACUGGAGUCACUUUGAAUGUUCAGUAUGGAUGCAUCUGACUUUUGACAGUUGACACCUGCAGUUUGACCUUUUACUGUAGAUUUGUUUGUUUUC